AUGGCACUCCACAUUUUGAAGCUCUGUCGAAUAUGGAUUACACAGGUGUACAGGAUGGAACAAACGGAUACCAUUACCGACUUGGAUGCAUUGAUUAAAAAAAAUAUCGUUGAUGCUGUCAAUGAGAUUGUGCCUAUCGCCAUUGAGAAGUACCUCGACGCAAACAUCGAUAGGGUUGUAGAACGUGCGGUUUCAGCAGCGGUGGAUAAAAGUUUUGCGAUGAAUUUCGCUCGACUUACUGCAAUGACUGGGGUUAUGAAAAACACGGAAACGGAAGUUGACGUAAGAGCUGAGCAGCAUGCACUAAUCGACACUGAAAAGCAACUGGACGAUUGGAACACAGACUUAGCACAGGAUGCUGUUCGGAAGAAAUAUAUGGAAUAUUUUUCGAAAAUCAUCGUACCGAAUUCGUACCUCGAGAAGGGAGAUGACGCGUUCUACAUAAUCUCGGAUUGCCUUUUCACGCGACGGUUCUGGAACCGUUUCACAUGGACAGGGGUUAACAGAGGUGGCAAGUCUGAGCGUGGUUUUCGUGAAUUUGGGAACGUCACGGAGCUUCUACUGAGCCUUGUUCAGGUUGGAGAUCCGAUGUAUACAAGACUGCUGCUUGAGAAGUUUUGCAAGACCCGUUUGUUCAGGCAUGCCAAAUCGCGAUCAACCAACAAGAUGCUGCGGAAGUCAUCCUGUCGUACCAAACGUAGUGGCAAGAAGAAGCAAACGGAGAAGGACGUAACUGAUGGUGUUCCUGAUACCCGCAGUGCAGCUACUAUGCACUCUGAUGAUGAGGAUAUGGGAGAAUUUGAGAACGCAUCAAGCGGAGAAAAAAAAAACGAGAUAUCUGAUGAUGAAUCGAUCGGUCAGGAAUCGAUUGUUAGCAGUAGUGAUAGCUCGUGUUGAACAUUUCGUUUAUUUUUUGACUGAAAUUGUUGAAUUGAUUUUUUUUUAUUUAGGCAUUUCGUUACAUAAGAUAAUUCUUUACAUUUGAUUGAUCGUUUUGUUCUAACUUUUACUUCAUAUUUGUCAAAGUAUGCAUAAGUGGAAUGAAAACAAUUUCAUGUCUGCGUGUAAAAGGUACCAUCUUACAUAAUAUUGCAUCAGGCCUAUAAUCAGCAAGUUUUGAAGUGUUCCCUUUGGUUACCUUCGAUUUGUACACGUGAAGGAAAGAAGAUUUCAUAGGCUCCGGAAAUAAAUCUUGUUAUUUUUUAUCAGAUGAUGUCCUUGUAUUAUUGUUUCCCCGCAUUGUUCUUUGAUUCCUGUCAUUCCAACAAUUUUCAGGUCUUUUGUGAGAAACCAUUUGUUAACAAAUUUGGUGGUCAAAAUAAAUUCCGAAAGCGUUAUUUUACAAUUUUUGUCGUCAUUCAAUACAUUAAUAACAAUUGAUCUGUUAGACGGAAUUAGUUCACCACUUGGCUCUUUAUCGUUACCUUCCACUUCUAAUACACGAUUAGCUACUUGAAUUAAUGGAUUUAGUCCUGGUUUUACUAACUUUUUUAGUGAAUGUAGAUAAUUUUCAAAUGGGUAAGCGGAAAGAGAUAUCAAAUUACCAAAUUUUUCGACCUCAUCUGUAAUGUGACACAGAUUAUGCACAUUACUGGUAACAAAUUCAGAUCCAUAUAAUUUUUUGAAACCAUUUAUGAAAUCGAGGAACAACAUUUUUGCGAUUGGAAGAAAGUCUUUGUAAGCUUCUACCGAACAAAUACGUACAGCACAGAAUAAUAACAAGAAAUGAUCGUAAUACUUAGAUGGCAAAUAAUCUUUGAGAAGAACCACUCCAACGUAAUUCAAAAAAAUUCGGAACUCUAAUCCUUUCCAUAGGGACAUGUGUUCUAAUGAACGCAUACGCCGAUGUAUUUCAGCUGGAAAUCUUAAGGCAACCAGUUCUGCCGAGAACUGCUGUUUUCCAUGAACACUCCAUUUAGCUCGUUUUGUCAUCGCUCCAGUGCGCCACGAAUUCAUCAGUUUCCGCAUGAUUCCCAAUUCCAGUAAAUGUAAGGAAUCGGCUACAAUAACAUCUUCAAUCAUAUCGAUUGGCAGUUCCGUGAGGGGUGAAAUGGCACGUUGGUGUUCCGGAUAUUUGAACUCUCGAAAUUGUUGAUCAGUUCGUAGAUCAGCUUGUACUUCUGGGAAUGUCAUGGUCCGUGUCUCAUGUGAAUAUCUACCUUUUGUAGUGCAUUUGAGGCAUCCAAACUUUCCAUUGAAAUUUGUAACACAUUUAAUAAAAGCCCGAGCAGGUGUGUCACAGAUGAAAGCACGAACUUUUAAUGAUAUUUUAUGCUCAUCUAUGAACACCCCGGAUUCAAGAAUUGAUAGCAGCUCUUUCACGAAAGGCGAGAGAAAUUCACCAGCAUCCUUUGGCUUGGCUGAACCGUAAUAAAUACCAAUUACAAUAGGCUUGACAUAGGGUAGCUCGUGAAUAUUCGCAAGAAUUGGCCAAAAAUGAUUGGGACUGCUUUUAUAUAUGGGAAGACCAUCUAUGUUGAUGUUGAUAGAUAGUCCCAUGUCCGUGGUAAUG